AUGUCCGCGGCGCAGGUGAAUGGGUACAGAAAAAAGAUAAUCAAAGACGGAAUCGACAAAAUUCUGGCGCACGAUAGAAUCGAUGAGCCGUGUUACAAGACGUUGAAGAAAAGAUGCCAACAGACACUUGGUAUCCGGAUAGAAAACAUUUAUAUCUACUCGAUAAGUAUUUUAGAAAAUGUGAAAAGAAACGAAGUGAACGAAAUUGACAACUGUAUUUCACCAUUCGAACUGGCGGGAUUAACAAAAGAUUCGCGUCUCAAGUACAUCGGAUUGGACACUAUUUACAAUCUUAUUCAAAAUGACGAAAUUCCGAUUUCAACUCAAAAAGACGUGUUUCGAAUUGCUGAUUCUGUUUGUAGUUCGGUCGCAAGUGGAACUUCCUAUCCACAAGUUUUAUUGGAAAAAAGAGAAAUGGCGGUGCAGAUGAUAUAUUGUUCAUAUUAUGUACACGGAAACUCACUUAUCGCUCUGAUUCGCUCGUGCUUCUCUUUUGCCGAGAUAAAGUUUUGGGGUAGAGUAGCCCAAUCACAUAUCGACGCGGUACGUUUUCCUGCUUUUCUGUUCUGUUGAAGUGUUUGCAGAUUGCCGGUCACGUUCAUAAACGAUUGAAAGAGUUUGGGACUCAGAAGGAGGAGGUAACUAGAGCAGGAAUUACAGUUUUCCACUAUAUAUGCGAACAAUUCAGGAUGUUGAUAACGAAGAAUCUGUAGAAGAAUCUCUGGAGAAGAAUCUCAAGAAUGUGUGGCAGUGGGACGCCUUCUUAGUUGCUCGAGAGCUCAAAGAAAUUACCACAAUGCACCCUUCUUGCCCGGAGAACUACUAGUCAGUAAUUCAUAUUUUCGAUAUUCAUCCUCCAUUCAUCUAUUCAGUUGGCCAGAAUUCAUCGAAACGUUGUCUGAGCACACCCGGAUUCUGCUGGAAGAUCUGCAAGAGACGGGAGUUCCUCGUGAACUUCUCAUGGUUGGACUGAACGACAAAAAUGUUCAAUGCAACGAGGAUUAGUAAGUGUUCCGUUGCACACUCAGACGGAAUAAGAGAAAGCGGGAAUGGGAAGACUGCGUUCUCACCAAUUUCGCAACUCAUACAAACGCAACUCAUACAAAAAAAAAACUGGUCACGCUGGCUUGAUUCUAGUUCGCUGCAGGCCGACUUUUGUCACUCUUCUCUUUAUAAUUUUGCAGUACCGAUCAGAGGACUUCUGAAGGAGUUCAAUACAAAUAUCUUCGAGAAUACUGACAGUUAAUUUCCAUUAAUUUUGGUUUUAUUUCAAGUUCAAUGUCCGCGAUGCAGCUGAAUGGAGAAAGGAAAAAAAUAAUCAAAGACGGAAUCGACAAAAUUCUGGCGCACGAGAGAAUCGAUGAGCCGUGUUACAAGAAGUUGAAGGAAAGAUGCCAACAGACACUUGGUAUCCGGAUAGAAAACAUUUAUAGCCAUUUGAUAGGUAUUUUAGAGAAUGUGAAAAGAAACGAAGUGAACGAAAUUGACAACUGUAUUUCACCAUUCGAACUGGCGGGAUUAACAAAAGAUUCACGUCUCACGUACAUCGGAUUGUACACUAUUCACAAUCUUAUCCAAUUUGACGAAAUUCCGAUUUCAAGUCAAAAAGAUGUUGUUCGAAUUGUUGAUUCUGUUUGUGGUUCGGUAUCAAGGAUAACUUCCGAUAUACAUGCACAGAAUGAAUUUUUAUUCGUAAGAAGAGAAGGAAUCAAUCAAUCUUUAAUAGUUCACAUUUAGGCGGUGGAAAUGAUUAAUCGUUACUAUUAUGUACACGGAAACUCACUGAUCGUUCUGAUUCGCUCGUGCUUCUCUUUUGCCAAGAUAAAGUGUCGGGGUAGUGUAGCCCGAAAAAAUAUCAACGUGGUACGUUUUCGUGCUUUUCUGUUCUGUUGAAGUGUUUGCAGAUUGCCGAUCACGUUCAUAAACGAUUGAAAGAGUUUGGUACUCAGAAGAAGAAGAAGAAGAAGGUAACUAGAGCAGGAAUUCCAGUUUUCCACUGAAUAUGCGAACAAUUCAGAAUGUUGAUAAUGAAGAAUCUGGAGAAGAAUCUCUGGAGAAGAAUCUCAAGAAUGUGUGGCAGUGGGACGCCUUCUUAGUUGCUCGAGAGCUCAAAGAAAUUACCACAAUGAACCCUUCUUGCCCGGAGGAGUCCCGGUCAGCAAUUCAUAUUUUGGAUAUUCAACCUCCAUUCAUCUAUUCAGUUGGCCAGAAUUCAUCAAAAACUUGUCUGAGCACACCCGGAUUCUGCUGGAAGAUCUGCAAGAGACGGGAGUUCCUCGUGAACUUCUCAUGGUUGGACUGAACGACAAAAAUGUUCAAUGCAACGAGGAUUAGUAAGUGUUCCGUUGCACACUCAGACGGAAUAAGAGAAAGCGGGAAUGGGAAGACUGCGUUCUCACCAAUUUCGCAACUCUAACGUUUCGCAACCCGGUCGCGAAACGUAAAAACUUUUUCCAGUAAUAGCCAUGGAAAAGUGUGAUUUGAUCUGGUCACGCUGGUUUGAUUCAAGUUCGCUGCAGGCCGACUUUUGUCACUCUUCUCUUUUUAAUUUUGCAGUACCGAUCAGAGGACUUCUGAAAGAGUUCAAUAAAAAUACCUUCGAGAAUACUGACAGUUAAUUUCCAUUAAUUUUUCUAUUAUUUCCAGUUCAACGCCCGCGAUGCAGCUGAAUGGAAAAAGGAAAGAAAUAAUCAGACACGGAAUCGACAAAAUUCUGGCUCACAAAAGAAUCGACAAACCGUGUUACAAGACGUUGAAGGAAAGAUGCCAACAGACACUUGGUAUCCGGAUAGAAAACAUUUAUAUCUACUCAAUAAGUAUUUUAGAAAAUGUGAAAAGAAACGAAGUGAACCAAAUUGACAACUGUAUUUCAUCAUUCGAACUGGCGGGAUUAACAAAAGAUUCACGUCUCAAGUACAUCGGAUUGAGCACUUUUCACGAACUGAUUAAAAACGAAACAAUUCCGAUUUCAUGUCAAAAAGAUGUUAUUCGAGUUGUAGAUUCUGUUUGUAGCUCGGUAGCAAGUGGAACGUCCAAUAUACAAGUACAGUUUGAAUUUUUAAUGGUAAGAAGAGCUGGAAUCAAUUAAUUUGCAACAGUGCACAUUUAGGCGGUGCAGAUGAUAUACUGUUACUAUUAUGUACACAGAGACUCACUGAUCGUUCUGAUCCGCACGUGCUUCUCUUUUGCUAAGACAAAAUGUUGGGGUUGUCUAGCCCAAUCACAUAUCAACCAGGUAUGUUUUCCUGACUUUCUGUGCUGUUGAAGUGUUUGCAGAUUGCCGAUCAGGUUCAUACACGAUUGAAAGAGUUUGGGACUCGGAAGAAGAAGGUAACUAGAGCAGGAAUUACAGUUUUCCACUGAAUAUGCGAACAAUUCAGAAUGUUGAUAAUGAAGAAUCUGGAGAAGAAUCUCUGGAGAAGAAUCUCAAGAAUGUGUGGCAGUGGGACGCCUUCUUAGUUGCUCGAGAGCUCAAUGAAAUUACCACAAUGCACCCUUCUUGCCCGGAGGAGUCCCUGUCAGUAAUUCAAAUUUCGGUUAUUGAACCUCCAUUCAUCUAUUCAGUUGGCCAGAAUUCAUCGAAAAAGCGUCUGAGAACACCCGGAUUCUGCUGGAAGAUCUGCAAGAGACGGGAGUUCCCCGUGAACUGCUCAUCGAUGGAUUCGAAAACAAAAAUGUUAAUUCCAAAUAA